GCGUCGCCACCGCCCCCGGCCCGCGCCCGCCCCCGGCCCGCGCCCUCCCGCCGCCGCCUCGCUGGGUCGUGGCUCGGUGCCUCCUCGGCCUCGGCUCGGCGCCCGCAGCAUGCAGCAGCAGUCGCGGCGGCGGCGGCGGUGGCGGCUGUGAGGCGAGGCGAGGCGGGUCCGCUCGGCCCCCCGGUGGCCGGCUGCGGGGCCGCGGAGCCUCGGGGCACACCGGGCUCGGCGGGCGAGGGGCGGCGGCGCCUUUGUUGAGGCCGGGCCCUUUGUCUGCAGAUGGUGGACGCGGGCGGCCGGGCCGCCGCCGAGGGCUGGAGGAAGAUGGAGGCCCCGCCGGACGGCGCCGCCGACCUCGUGCCGCUGGACCGCUACGACUCGGCGCGCGCCAAGAUCGCGGCCAACCUGCAGUGGAUCUGCGCCAAGGCCUACGGCCGAGAUAACAUCCCCGAGGACCUCAGGGACCCUUUCUACAUCGACCAGUAUGAGCAGGAGCACAUCAAACCCCCUGUCAUCAAGCUUCUCUUGUCCAGUGAGCUGUACUGUCGAGUCUGCAGCCUCAUUCUGAAAGGGGACCAGGCAGCUGCCUUGCAGGGACACCAGUCUGUUAUCCAGGCCCUGUCUCGGAAAGGGAUCUACGUGAUGGAGAGUGAUGACACCCCCGUGACAGACUCUGACCUCAGCCGUGCACCUAUAAAGAUGAGUGCCCACAUGGCGAUGGUGGACGCCCUGAUGAUGGCUUAUACCGUGGAGAUGAUCAGCAUUGAGAAGGUGGUGGCCAGUGUCAAGCGCUUCUCAACAUUCAGCGCCUCAAAAGAACUUCCGUAUGACCUCGAGGAUGCCAUGGUAUUCUGGAUCAACAAGGUGAAUCUUAAAAUGAGAGAGAUAACAGAGAAAGAAGUUAAAUUAAAACAGCAGUUACUGGAAAGUCCAGCUCAUCAAAAGUCUCCCUCCAAGUGGUAUUGGAAGUUAGUGCCUGUCCGCUACCGACGAGAGCACCUGUCUGCCAGGCAGUCACCCCACUUCCCGCUGCUGGAGGACCUGAUGAGGGAUGGCAGUGACGGUGCAGCUCUCUUAGCUGUGAUCCACUAUUACUGCCCUGAGCAGAUGAAGCUGGAUGAUAUAUGCUUAAAGGAGGUAACAUCGAUGGCUGACAGUUUGUAUAAUAUUCGGCUUCUGAGGGAAUUCUCCAAUGAAUAUCUUAAUAAAUGUUUUUAUCUUACGUUGGAAGACAUGCUGUAUGCUCCCUUAGUGUUGAAGCCAAACGUCAUGGUUUUUAUUGCCGAGCUCUUCUGGUGGUUUGAGAAUGUCAAACCAGAUUUUGUUCAGCCCCGGGAUGUUCAGGAGCUGAAAGACGCUAAAACAGUGUUACAUCAAAAAAGCACCCGGCCUCCUGUACCUAUCUCCAACGCAACCAAACGCAGUUUCCUGGGCAGCCCUGCUGCGGGGAGCCCAGCAGACCUGCAGCCCCCCUUGCAGCAGGUGGAAGGCUGCCCCAGACACUCCCUGCACCCCGAGGAGCCUGAGUACCUUGGAAAAGGCACUUCUGCCUUUAACCCGCCUCACCCGUUGCUGCCACUGAGACAGAAACAGCAAAAGAUGGCUCAGGGGGAGGACGCCCCGGAUCAGCGGCAUCGAUCUAAUUCUUUGACCCGAGUCGAUGGUCAGCCUCGAGGUACAGCAAUAGCGUGGCCAGAAAAAAAAACCAGGCCUGUGUCCCAGCCAACACCCUUUGUGCUCCAUCAUGCUGCAAGUUGCGAUAUGGACCCUGGCUCUGGUGACAGUGUCAGCUUGGCCCGCUCCAUCAGCAAAGACAGUUUGGCAUCCAAUGUUGUUAAUCUGACCCCACAGAACCAGCCACACCCUGCAGCCCUGAAGGCCAACGGGAAGAGCCUCCUGAAUAAUGUCAAUAUUGAGGAUGAGGAGGAAGAACUUGUGGCCAUCAUUAGAACAGACAUGGCUCCCCACCGUGGUGACCCAGAAGCCCCCAGGGUCUCACCUUGGGCCUCUGGCCUGAUAGCACGUGCUAGGUCUCCCCAGGGGCAGCUGGAUACGUCAGACAGUAAGCCUGACAGUUUUUUCUUGGAGCCCUUGAUGCCAGCAGUGCUUAAGCCAGCAAAAGAGAAACAGGUUAUUACUAAGGAGGACGAGCGUGGAGAAGGGAGACCAAGGAGCCUCACAGCCAGGAGGGCCAAUGAGGGCCACCAGCCUUUAGUACGGAAGAAAGUCACCAGCAGUCGUGAUUUGAGUAGGACUUUUACCCCCAUUCCCUGUUCGGAAUUCCCCACAGGUGCUGACCCUGCAGAGGCAGGACCACAGUCGGUGGAAGCUGCGGGAGCAGUGCAUGGCGGGCCUCUGUCAGUGGGUGGAUUCGACCCGUCACCUCAGGGACAGUCUGCCGAUGGCUUCUUCCUGCACACAGGCAGGACUGAUGAGGACACGGAGGGAAGGUUCUACAUCAGCUGUUCAAAGAGCCCCAACUCUCAUGAUUCAGAGCCAUGGGCUGCUCUGAGGCAGGAUUCUGACUCUGACGUCGUGGACAUGGAAGAAGUGGAGCACGAUUUUAUUGGCGAGGACCAUCAUGUGAUCAUCACCAAAUACACUGGAGAGGAGGAAUCAGCCAAGCUCCAGGAGGACAUGAAAGUGAAGGAGCACGAGGACAAGGAUGACGCCAGCGGCCGCUCCAGCCCAUGUCUAAGCACAACCUCGCAGAUCAGCAGCGUCUCCAUGGCUAGUGGAAGUGUGAAGAUGACCAGCUUCGCAGAGAGGAAGCUCCAGAGACUCAACAGCUGCGAGACCAAGUCCAGCACCAGCAGCUCCCAGAAGACCACGCCAGAUGCAUCAGAAAGCUGCCCAGCCCCUCUGACCACGUGGAGACAGAAGAGAGAGCAGAGCCCCGGCAGGCACAGCAAAGACCCCGCCAGCCUCCUGGCGUCGGAGCUGGUGCAGCUGCACAUGCAGCUGGAGGAGAAGCGCAGGGCUAUUGAGACCCAGAAGAAGAAGGUGGAGGCGCUGUCUGCCCGGCAGCGCCUAAAGCUGGGCAAGGCGGCCUUCCUGCACGUGGUGAAGAGGGGGAAGGCCGAUGCGCUCGCCCAGCCACUGAAGCCAGAACCCUUUGCAGAAGAGUACUCCCAGCACAAUGGAGAGGAUUUCGAUGACAGUGUUUCUAAGACAGAAGAUUUUCUCACCAAGGGUGGGCAGGGAGAAAGUCUCCUCAGCGAGGCCCAGGAUGUGGACAGGGCAGGCCCGGCGUUCGUCCAGCACCAUAAACCAAAAGACCUCGCCGUGCUGCACGACACGGAGAGAAACAAGGCGAUUCCUGCCGUUCUGUUGGAAGAUGGCGUCGGCGAGGUCAUGGAGAUCAGUGAGUGUGACCUUUCCAUCGAGAAACUUAACGAAACCAUUAGUACCCUACAGCAGGCUAUAUUAAAGAUUUCUCAGCAGCAAGAGCAGCUGCUUAUGAAGUCCCCUACGGUACCAACUCCAAGUUCUAAAAACAGCCCACAGGACCAGAAAGUGAAGGCAUCGCUGCACUUGGUGGAGCCGCUAUCCCCGACAGCAGCGACUGGCCACCGUAAGCCCCCUCGUCUCGGUCAGGGUCGGAAUUCCCGUUCUGGAAGGCCGGCUGAGCUGAAGGUCCCAAAAGACAGGCAGCAGGGCUCCUCCCGAAGUAAAACGCCCACACCCAGUAUAGAGACACUCCCACAUCUGAGAUCCUUCCCCCCAAACACCCGUCCUCGGACACCCUCUGAUGCCAGCCUGGAGAGUGCAGAGCCCAGUGGUGACCCACACGGGAAGUGUCUCUUUGACAGCUACAGGCUCCAUGACGAAAGCAACCAGCGGACGUUGGUUCUGUCCUCUUCUAAAGAUGCCAAUAUUGUAUCAGAGCAGGGGAGCCUCAGAGAGGCGCUGGAUGCUAAUGUGAAGGAGUUAGGGCCAGGCUGCCCAGAUGUCCUGGGAGGCGAGAGCAUCUCCGCGGAGGAGCCACUGCGGGGCAGGGCCAGCCUGAUUGAGGUUGACCUCUCAGGCCUGACAGCCCCAGAUGAGGAUGGGGAGGCAGCAAGUCUCGACGUCUCUGCAGAUCUCAUGGGCGAAGGUGACCUGAAGCCAGGGGUCGGCUUCUUCUUCAAGGAUGAACAGAAAGCAGAAGACGAACUUGCCAAGAGGCGGGCGGCCUUCCUCCUCAAGCAGCAGCGCAAGGCCGAGGAGGCUCGCGUGCGCAAGCAGCAACUGGGUGCGGAAGUUGAGCUCAAGAGAGAUGAGGCCCGGCGCAAAGCUGAAGAAGAUCGCAUACGGAAAGAGGAGGAGAAGGCACGCCGAGAGCUUAUUAAACAGGAAUACCUGCGGAGGAAGCAGCAGCAGAUUUUAGAAGAACAAGGACUCGGCAAACCUAAAUCAAAGCCGAAAAAGCCACGGCCCAAGUCAGUCCAUCGGGAAGAGUCGUGCAGCGACUCCGGAACCAAGUGCUCCUCCACGCCUGAUAACUUGAGCCAGACGCAUUCUGGGUCCAGCCUGUCCUUGGCCUCUGCAGCGACGACAGAAGCAGAGAGCAUUCAUUCAGGGGGCACGCCUUCGCAGCGAGUUGAGUCGAUGGAGGCCUUGCCCAUACUAAGCCGCAACCCCAGCAGAAGCACGGACCGAGACUGGGAGACCGCCUCGGCAGCCUCCUCCCUGGCCUCGGUGGCCGAGUACACAGGUCCCAAGCUCUUUAAGGAACCCAGUAGCAAAUCAAACAAGCCGAUUAUUCACAACGCUAUAUCCCAUUGUUGUCUGGCUGGAAAAGUGAAUGAACCUCACAAGAAUUCAAUAUUGGAGGAGCUGGAGAAGUGUGAUGCCAACCAUUACAUCAUCCUGUUCCGCGACGCUGGCUGCCAGUUCCGGGCCCUCUACUGCUACUACCCUGACACUGAGGAGAUCUACAAACUCACUGGCACGGGGCCAAAGAGCAUCACCAAGAAAAUGAUUGACAAACUGUAUAAAUACAGCUCGGACCGAAAGCAGUUUAACUUGAUCCCAGCCAAAACCAUGUCCGUCAGUGUGGACGCGCUCACCAUCCAUAACCACUUGUGGCAGCCCAAGCGGCCCGCGAUGCCAAAGAAGACCCAGACUCGCAAAUGACAGGGCGGCUGAGGCUGCAGGGGCCGUGGGCUGAUUUAUUAUCUCCAUCAUUUGGUACGAGGCGCGUGAAGUCACAGGCCUUUUGCAAAGAGACUUCUAGACAACAAAAGAAAACCCGUCUCUGCCCUCAGCUCACACAGGGCUGCCAGGUGGAGCGAGGCUGGAAGAGCAGGCACCGGGCUCCCAGCAUCCUGUGCUGCGGUCACUGCUGCCACCGAGGCUCUCCGAGGACAGGCAUCCACGGGCAAGAUGCCAGGUGCCAGCCCCCUUUACUUGAAGCUCUCCUUCAGUGUGAGUUGAGCGUGGCCCACUUGGCUUUCUGCCUCCACCUCGCCCCUUUGCACAUCCCGUGACACCCUUGUGCCAGCUGGCUGAGACCUGCGGUUACAGGAGAGAUUCACUCUUGGGUCGGGGUAUUUGAAUGUCUUAAGAGAAGGAAUUCAUAAUGGGAAAUCUUUUUCAUUUGAGAAAUUGUACGAUAUUUAUUGAUUGUGUCUACUGCCAACAUUUAUAUCCAAGUCUAAGAUUUCUGAAAAAAUUCUUGUCCCUUGCUGCUUAGAAAAAGUUGACUGAAAAUCCCAGUUCAUUGAAAGCACUGAAGUCCGUGGUCUGUCUCCUGCGACACGUGAGGGCUGUUUCCGACACGCAAUCAUGAGGGCGCUGAACGGUACGACUCGUGGCAUUCACCUUGUUUAAAGUAGGCGAACGGAGCCAGCUGCGCAUCGCUGGUUCAGUCGGGAUAGUGCGCUAAUGAUUUGUUCACUUUAAUAAAGACAGAUUUUGGUAAAGUAGAAUAUUUUUCACUCUGAGCAUGUUUCUCCUAAAAGAUGAUGCACUCCAGCUGACAGCUCUUUCCGUGGUUCUGUUACGUUGCUGUUUGUCCCGUCUUGAUUCCUCCUCUGGGAGAGCAGCAUCCUCUCAGGAGCAGUGUGCUGCUCUCUGUUUAGAAUGAUAAUUUUGUUUUGUUGCCUAUUUAAAAGCAAUUAAGUGGUUAUUUGCAGUUAGUUCAGAACUCCAAGUAAGUGGAAUGGUUUUGGGUUCUUUCCAUGGUGGUCCCAGUAGUGGCCAACGCCUCUCCAGAGCAGACAUUCCCCGGCACAAGGGUGUGCCGGACACAGCUGCAGGACACCUCUGUAACUGGCCAGCUGCUGGAAGCCAUUCUGGAGCCACUUAAUGUUAGUUUUGCACAUAUUUUCUUGGGAGUGUUACUUGAACCUAUCUUGAACUGCAGAAAAAAAUUAAAGAUCAAUGAAGAAAGACAAGUGUAACCGUUACAUAAUUUAGAUAGACGUGAAGGUGUGUGUGCUGUGUACAUAGGAAGGUGGGACAUGGAGCAGGACACGAGAAGGGGCUCACGGCUCUGUGUGUGUUGUUAGACACGGCCGCUCUGCCCUGUACAUGGUCCUCACACGCUGAGCACUGAAGACUCCCGAGUGGACUCUCGCCACGCUCCUUCACCCGUAUGCUUCAUUUCCCACUGUGUGUGUGAUAUGUUUUUGCCAUAUUUAUUUUAAGGAAGCACUAAAAUGUAAUAAAGUAAAGAGCUUUA